AUGUCCCAACGCUUUUCCUCUUCACCGUUGAUUGAUUCCAUCCAUAAAUUUAACGAAUGUCAAAUUGCUGAAAUAACUUAUCGUGUAAAAUACCAAAAGAUGGUUAAUCAUCCCUCAGAGCAUGAUUCGGAAAUCUUGAAUCUACAACAUGAACAAGUGGAGCAAUGGUUUGAUAUCGCCUUUGAGGGAUACGGAUGGUUGAAUAAACAAAUUCAUGGCGGUUCCAAAAAGAUGAACCAAAAUGAUAUUAUGAAAUGUAAUAUUAAAUUAAAGAACAUUAUGAAAGCCAGAAAACGAAUGGAAACCAUAAAGAAAAAACGGGAAAUCGUACCCAAGGAUUUUAAAUUCGCACC